UAAAAAAGGACAUGAAAAGUUUAUGUAUAAAUUUAGUUAGAAGAGUCAUUGUGUACACAAAUUAAUAAUAUAAAAUAAAAACAAAUCAUGUAAGGAAUUACUUUGAGGAUGCUUUGUACAUUAUUUCUUUAUGAAAAUAUAACUUCUUUAAAAAAAAGUUUGUUUUUGUUUAAUGUGUUGUUACCAUCAGCUAUUCUGAGAGCUUACAGAAAAUACAUAACCUGAAACAGAAGUAUAUAAAAUUGUCUUAUUGAAGGUUGAUUGUACGUUAAACAACAUCUAAAAAAAACGAAAGUGAAUUAGAUACUUAAAAUCUUUUCAUUCUAUUUGUAUUUAAAAAAUCAAAUUCUAGAAUUGCACAGUAUUUAUCAUGAGCCAUGCAAUUAAUAGUUGCACAAAAAAACUAAAGACUUAUGACAAUAAACAGGAUGGUUUACAAGUGUUAACAAAAAUAUGUAAUUGGUUUAAUCUUAACAAAUCAGCUAUAGAAUAUCACGAUAUAGAAGAAAUUAAGAUUAUAAAAUAUGAUGAAUUGCAAACAGCAAAAAAAACAGUUUCCAAUCAUUUGAAAUGUAUAAAAUAUUCUGAAUUUAUUGGCAUUAAUACUGAUAUCUCGGAAUAUUGUGUACCUUCUUUAAUACUUGGAAUUCUCGAUAGUGGACAUGCAUUUUUUAAUGUGCCAACAGAUCAAUUGACAUCUAAAAUUAUGUUAAUCAAUUUACAUGUAAAAUAUAUUUUUACAAAACAUGUAACGUCUAACAAAGAAGUGAUAUGUCAUUUUGACAUUCAUGGACAUUCUAUAUAUCUGGUACAAUUAAUAAAUGUUGACAAAACUAUUGUUAGUAAUAGAAGAUGGUUUUAUUAUGCAUAUGCAAUUACAACUUCAGGAUCAACUGGAACACCAAAAGUUGUUAAAGUUCUUCAUCCCUGUAUAUUGCCUAAUAUUACAGAUUUAAAGAAAAUUUUAAAUGUUACAAAGUCUGAUAAAAUUGCUCAAUUAACAAGUUUUACUUUCGAUCCUAGUAUUGUUGAAAUUUUCUUAAGUCUUUCUUGUGCUGCAACUCUUUUCAUGGUUUCUAAAGUAUUAAAACAUGACCAUAAGAGGCUUUUAGAAGAAAUAUAUCAUGCUCAUGUAACGGUUCUUCAAAUUACACCAUCGCUUUUCUUUCAUAAAUGGUCUACUGAAUGUUUGAAAACAACAAUUUUGGGCAAAGAAUCGCAUCUACGAAUUCUGCUUUUGGGUGGAGAACCAUUCCCUAGCAGAAAAUUAUUCUUAAAAGCUAGCCAUCCACAAAAUAUGACACGAUUAUUUAAUAUUUAUGGUAUAACCGAGAUAUCUUGUUGGUCUAGUAUUAGUGAAAUUGCAAAAGAUGCUCAAGUAGAUGAGUCUUGUUUAGGUAAAAUUUUAUCAGAAACUAUAUUUGAAAUCAGAAAUGAGGAUAACAAAAUAACCACUGAUGAAGGCAUUCUUUACAUUGGAAGCUGUAGCAGAGUUUGUAUCAUUGGAAAUGAAACUGAGAACGACUUAAAUAAACCAGUUUUUCGUAAUACUGGCGAUGUCGUUUCAAGAGACAAUCAGGGCAGAAUAUUUUAUAAAGGAAGGCAAAACAAUAUUAUAAAGAGAUUUGGAAACAAAGUAAAUUUACGAGAACUUGAAAAAGCCGCAAUGGAAUUGAAUUUUGUAUGCAAUUGUGCUGCACUCUGGGAUACAGAAAAGCACAAAUUAUAUCUAUGUUUAUCUACUAUAAAAAAUAAAGAAGAAUUCUUUAUAUUGAGAAAUGAUGCAAUAUUGCAUUUGAGGAUGUUGCCAGCGAUUUAUAAGCCUGAUAAAAUAAUUUUAGUGAACUAUUUUAAAUAUACCACUAACGGUAAAAUUUGUCUCGCGUCUCUAAACGAAUUAUGUAGAAAAUCCGAAACAGAAAAUAUUAAUUACUCUUAUGAUAAUGCGAGUAAAAUAUUUGAAAAUUUAUGGAAUCAGCAUAUUAACUGUAAAAAUGCUGGCUUUUUAAUUUCUGGUGGUACAUCCAUAGAAGCACUCCAAAUCUCGAACACCGCUGCUGAAGCCUUUAACGUAGAACUUCCUGAAAUGAUUGGUAUGUUGCUGAAAAAUGCUACGUUUAACGAAUGUACUAAUUAUAUUCGAAACAUUUUAAUCAACCGAGAUUGUCGCAAAAACGAUAGCAUCAAUAUUGGUGACAAUUCUACAACAAUAUUUUCUAUAGAAAAAUCAUCUUUAUUACAACAAUCAUUAUCAAGUAAUGUAUUAGUAUCUUUAAAUAAACCUGAAACUUAUUGGUGGUAUAAGUGCAGAGGAAAAGUGUAUAACACACAUAAUGCAUUAAUAAAUAGUCAAAGUAUAGAAUCGCAUUUAAAAAGUAUAUCAAAUAUAAAAAUAGUAGCAACUUAUAAUUUGCAAAAAUGCGUCGAUGCUUCACCAACUGUAUAUUGUACUUUUAGGAAAGAAUUAUAUGUAACAGUAGGUUCACAUUCUGGUAUUAUAUGUACUGUUAAUUUGCUAGAAACUCAUAAAUUAUACGAAGUAAAGCUACCGAAUCGAAUAGAAGCAUCUGUUUUAGUUUUAUCCGACUUUCGCGGCAUUGUAGGCUGUUAUGAUGGAUAUAUUUACUGUAUUCAUCUGAAAACUGGUGAAAUAAUUUGGAAAUUUCAAACGCGAGACAUGGUUAAAUGCACAGCAAUAACGUGUACACAAGAAAGUAAAAUAUUUGUAGGUUCCUAUGAUCAUCAUGUAUAUUGUCUUUCGAUUAAGGAUGGUAUUCAAAUAUGGAAAACUAAAGCAAGUGAAGGUGGAAUCUGUGCUACCGGUUGUUUACACCAACAUUCUGCAUCUGUUAUUUUUGGAACUUUGGACGGCUCAUGCUUAGCUUUGCAACAGUUAUCCGGACAAAUUACAUGGAAACGUAAAUUGCAAGAUCCGAUUUUUGUUGCGCCUGCUGUUCUCCAAACUGGACAUGUCUUAUUUUGUUCUGUCUCAGGAACGUUGCAUUGUUUUGAUAUUGAAACUGAUUGUCAGAUGUGGCAAUAUGUGAUACAUGGAAAUGUGUUUUCGUAUCCUGUGAUACAGACUUGCAAGUCUAGAAAUAACGAGUAUCUCAUUUUGGCUAGCCAAAAUAAGACUCUGUAUUGUUUGGAAAUGCCGUGCAGUAGGAUUGAACAAAACAAGCCGAAAUUGAGAUACAUGUUACAACUCUGUUCACCAGUCUUCGCUACUCCUUGGUGUGAUGAUAAAUAUAUCUUCCUAAUAUGUAUAAAUGGCGCCAUUGAGGUGUACGAUAUUUCAGAAGGCAGAUUAUUAGUGAGCGUGAAACUCCCUAAAGAAACUUUUUCCUCACCGGUUGUCCAUAAUGAUUUGGCUGUAUUAGGAUGCAGAGAUAACAAUCUUUAUAUUCUGAAACUUAGUUAAUGUGAAUAUAAACGUUUUCAUAUAUGACCGGCCUUUGAAUAUUUAAGUUUUUUAAAUUUAAAUUAUUGCGAAACCAUAAUCGAAACAGCAAAGACAUUACAAUUAAUACAAUAUCAUUUAUUCCAUUCUGUUUUUUGUGUGUGUAUGUAUGUUUUACAAGUGACGGAUAUAUAAUAUAAAGAAUAUCUAUUAUAUAUAGUUGAGACAAAUGUCCGUUAUUUAAAUAUACUUGUUUUUCACUCAAUUUUUUAUGUAAUACAAUAAAAUUGCGUGCAUCUAUUAUAAUCAAUUCACGCCGGAAAAAAAUUAAUAUAAAUGCAAAAAAUAAUAUAAAUUUUGGAAUAAGUUUAUAUAUAUAACUCGUGCGCGUGCACGUUAAAAGUCAUUCUUCCUUCAUACUUCUAUAACAAGGAUAGAACAAACUCUCUGGAGAUCAUAUCUCACAUUACUUUAUCUUAUUGAAAAAUAGAAACACUUUUAGCAUGGAAGUGAACAACACAAACUCAACCUAGAAAAAUAAAUCUUGUUCAAUACAAAUAUGUGACCGUAUUACAUAAUUAAUUAGCUGAUCAAUGUACGCAUAUAUUUCACCUACGUCUUCUCCUUAUCAAAUAACAUGAUGUAAUAAUAAGAUACGUUCGCAUAUUUUUAUUAUGCAAAAGAAAUAGUACGAAUCUCAAGCUCACACAAAAUAACAAUAUCUUAACGAUCUUUUUUUUUUUUUUUUUUGUAAUU